CGGCAGUACAAAUGUCCGAGCAGCGCCUGAACGCAGCACAGAGACUGGCUGUUGGGAGCUGACGGUUGAUCUCGAUGUUGUGACGCGUGAGAGCAAACCUCAGCAUGGAGAGCUCCACACAGGCACCAGCCACUGACUCCUCAGCACGCACCUUCUCCCAGGUGGUGUUCAACGACAUCCCCCACUCAUACCCACCUUCAACCUCAGUCACCUGCUGCUACACCCUCACUGCCGCCUUCCAGCCCAACCCCAGGGACUGGGUGGGCAUCUUUAAGGUGGGGUGGAGCACAACAAAGGAUUAUCAUACAUUUGUGUGGGUGGAUCCCAGCCUGGAUGUGUCAGGGCAGCAGUAUGUGACAAGACAGGCUGUUUUUAAGGAUUACUACCUUCCUAAGGAUGAGAUCGAGUUCUACCAGUUCUGCUAUGUGGACAGAGUCGGCCAAGUGCGAGGAGCCAGCACUCCCUUCUGUUUCAGAAACCCGGUGGAGCAGAGCAUGGAGAGCAGCCCGGACGACGACCUCCUGGUUAUCACAACACAGGAACAGGUCGAGCAGAGCGUACGUGAGAAAACUGAACUGCAGAAAGAGUUGGAUCAGAUAAAGGAGGAAAAUGAAACUUUAAAAAGAGCUCUGCAGACCGAACAGCAAGAAGCCGCCAGCUUAAAGGGGCAGAAUGAAGAGAACAAAAAAGAAAUGAGUCAACUGGUCAAAGAAAUGGAUCAAAUCAAGGAACAAAAUGAAAACUUACAAAGCAACUUACAGCAGCAGCGGAAAGAAACGGACCGCUUAAAGGAGGAGGCGUUGGCCCAAAUGACAAAGCAGAUGGAGAUACAGCAACAUAAUGCGACGGAGCAGAAAAAAAGGAGUCAAAGCUUGACUUUAGAUGAAGCAUCAAGAAAAACUGAGGAGAAAUACGACCGAGCUGUGAUGAAGAUCAACCAGCUCAAAGAGGAGCGUGAGGAGCUGACGAGAAGGUUUGAUGCUCAAAGUGGGGAGAUUAACUUGCUAAAUUCCAAACUCAGAGAACAAGAAAGGGAACUGUUCAAAAUGAACGACAGCAUCCAGCUCCUGCAG